AAAAUCUCCCAAAAGUACAGUAGAGAGAUCCCUAAUUCCCAAAGGAAGAAAGAAAGAGAGAAAAAAAAAAAACAGAAAAUGGGUUCGCUUCCUGAGGUAGUGGAAGACUGCAUGGGCGUGCUCCAGCUCUUUAGCGACGGCACCGUUUUCCGUCACCAAAACAUACAUUUCCCCACCCAACCCGUCCACGACCAAUCCGUACUCCACAAGGACUGCCUCUUCUCCGAACCCCACGACCUCCGCCUCCGCCUCUACAAGCCCGCCUCCGCCCUCAACGACGACCACCGCCGCGGCCGCCGCCGCCUGCCCGUCAUCUUCUACUUUCGCGGCGGCGGGUUCUGCGUCGGUUCCCGCGACUGGCCCAGCUGUCACAACUGCUGCCAGCGCCUCUCCUCCGCCCUCGACGCCGUCGUCGUGGCGCCGGACUACCGUAUGGCGCCCGAGGACCGGCUUCCGGCCGCCAUGGACGACGGCGUCGCGGCCGUGACGUGGCUGCAGUCUCAGGCAGCUGGCGGCGGCGACGAGUGGUUUGGUGACGUUGACUUUGACCGUGUUUUCGUGGUGGGUGAUUCGUCGGGCGGGAAUAUUGCGCACCACGUGGCGGUUCGGCUCGGGACCGGUUCGCUGGGUUUGGGACCGGUUCGGGUCAGAGGUUAUGUGCUGCUGGCGCCGUUUUUUGGCGGGGUUUCGAGGACCGAGUCGGAGGAAGGGCCGAGAGAGGAGAUGAUGAGUCUCGAGGAUUUGGAUAGGGUUUUGGAGGCUGUCUUUGCCCGUGGGAGAAGACAGAGACCAUCCAUUGGCGAACCCAGUUGGAGCCGCCAGCUGCAAGAAGCUUGAAAAGGUGGACAUGGAUCCGAUAUUGGUGAUUGUUGGCGAGCGUGAGCUUCUGAGAGAUAGGAGCCACGACUACGCUACGAAGCUAGCCGAGAUGGGGAAGAAAGUUGAGUACGUGGAGAUCAAAGGAAAGCAACAUGGUUUCUUCACCAACGAUCCUUACUCGGAGACGUCCCAUGAAUUGGUCGAUGUUAUCAACCGCUUCAUCCUCGACAAUUCGAGCUAGUAAAUAAAACUAUCAAAAAGAAAGGCACAUCGAUCUUUGGUUGCAUGCUAUACGUUUUAAUGUCAAUUGUAACUCGCUAGGGACGGAGGAAGAGGGUGGGCUCACGAGGGGGAAAUGGUAAGUUACGUGUAAUAGUUAAUCAAGUAUGAAAGAUAACACGUAUUUAAAUGAGAAUAGUUGACCUUUUAAAUAUGUGAUGUAUGAUUUAUGAG